AUGUCAUUCAAAGGGCCGCGCAAGGGGGUUCUGGAGGUGUUUAAGUUCGAGUGCUACGUGGGCGUCCCCAUCGCCAUGAUGGUCACAUUCGCCAACAAUCAGGACAACUUGGAAGCUAUCAUCCGCAACACCUUCCCCUCUCCUUCCCCUCCCCUUCCCCUCCCCUUCUCCUCCCCUUCUCCUCCCCUUCCUAUCCACUUUCUUCCCGUCCCCCUCCGCUUCCCCUUCCUCUCCCCUUCCCUUCCCCUUCCUCUCCCCUUCCCCUCCCCUUCCUCUCCCCUUCCCCUCCCCUUCCUCUCCCCUUCCCCUCCCCUUCCUCUCCUCUUCCUCUCCCGUUCCCCUCCCCUUCCCCUCCCCUUCCCCUCCUCUUCCCCUCCCCUUCCUCGCCCUUUCUCCUCCCCUUCCUCUCCCGUUCCCCUCCCCUCCCCUCCCCUUCCCGUCCCCUUCUUCUCUUCCCCUCCCCUUGCACUUCCCCGCUCCCCUCUCCAUAUAGCUCUCCGCACAGAAGGCAUAUGUGAUCUACCCCCCUCUGAAGGCCCUCGCCCGCCCACUGCAGAGGAGGGCUCCUCUGCGUGUGGAAAAGGGGACAUGGGCUCCUCUGCGUGUGGACAAGGGGACAUGGGCUCCUCUGCGUGUGGACAAGGGGACAUGGGCUCCUCUGCGUGUGGACAAGGGGACAUGGGCUCUCUGCAUCCACCCCGCACGACGUCACAACCCCCCCGGCAUCCACCCCGCACGACGUCACAACCCCCCCGGCAUCCACCCCGCACGACGUCACAACCCCCCCGGCAUCCACCCCGCACGACGUCACAACCCCCCCGGCAUCCACCCCGCACGACGUCACAACCCCCCCGGCAUCCACCCCGCACGACGUCACAACCACCCCGGCAUCCACCCCGCACGACGUCACAACCCCCCCGGCAUCCACCCCGCACGACGUCACAACCCCCCCGGCAUCCACCCCGCACGACGUCACAACCCCCCCGGCAUCCACCCCGCACGACGUCACAACCCCCCCGGCAUCCACCCCGCACGACGUCACAACCCCCCCGGCAUCCACCCCGCACGACGUCACAACCCUCUCUGCAUCCAUCCUACAUGACAUCACAAUCCUACGCAAAGCUUUCCCCAUUCCCAACGCGCUGCUCUCAAAUCACGAAUGUUUAUUCCCCUUUCCCUAUAAACUCCUCCCCCUUUUCCAAUUUUCCUCCCUCCGUUCCAUCCCUCCCAUCCCUCCCAUCCCUCUUCUUUUCCAGUCUCCCAUCCCUGUCUCCCCGCUCUCCUGACACUCCCUAUUCCCAUGCCCUUCCCCCUGAUCCCCACAUGUGCUUCGUUCCGUUCCCCCCUUGCCCAUUUCCCUCCGUUUCCUUCCUUGUCCUUCCCUCCCGUUCCUUCUUGUCCUUCCCUCCCUUUCCUCAUUGUCCUUUCCUUCGUUCCCCCUUGCCCAUUUUCCCCCAAUUAACCCAUUGCCUUUCUCACUGUUUCCCCCAUGCCUUUCCGUCCGUCACCCUUGCCUCCGUCAAAUCCCCUUGCCAUCUCUCCCCGCCUAUCUCCCCCUCUGCCCUUGAACUUGCCCUUCCCCCCAGUCCUCUCUCUUUCCUUCCCUCCCCGCCUAUGUCCUUCCCUGCCCUUUCAAAGCACCUCCCUCCCCGUGUCUCUCCUUCCUUCCUACCCAGCCUAUCUCUCACUCUGCCAUGA